UUUCGAGCUCAUAAGGCACUGUCAGGGAAACAAGUUGCAUCCUCACGCUGCAGGAGGACUGAAAUCGCCAAGAGAUUGAAUACAAUUUGUGCACAAGUCAUCCCAUUUCUGUCUCAGGAACAUCAACAACAGGUGGCCCAGGCUGUCGAGCGUGCCAAGCAGGUGACCAUGGCAGAGUUGAAUGCCAUCAUCGGGCAGCAGCAGUUGCAAGCUCAGCAUCUUUCUCAUGGCCACGGACCCCCAGUGCCCCUAACGCCUCACCCUUCGGGCCUUCAGCCUCCUGGAAUCCCGCCCCUCGGGGGCAGUGCUGGCCUCCUGGCGCUGUCUAGUGCUCUGAGUGGGCAGUCUCACUUGGCAAUAAAAGAUGACAAGAAGCACCACGAUGCAGAGCACCACAGAGACAGAGAACCGGGCACAAGUAAUUCCCUCUUGGUCCCAGACAGUCUAAGGGGCACAGAUAAACGCAGAAAUGGACCUGAAUUUUCCAAUGACAUCAAAAAAAGAAAGGUGGAUGAUAAGGACUCCAGCCACUAUGAUAGCGAUGGUGACAAAAGCGAUGACAACUUAGUUGUGGAUGUGUCUAAUGAGGACCCUUCUUCUCCGCGAGCAAGCCCUGCCCAUUCACCCAGGGAAAAUGGGAUCGACAAAAACCGCCUGCUGAAGAAAGAUGCCUCCAGCAGCCCAGCGUCCACGGCCUCUUCGGGAAGCUCCACUUCUUUGAAAUCCAAAGAAAUGAGCUUGCAUGAAAAAGCCAGCACGCCUGUUCUGAAAUCCAGCACACCGACGCCUCGGAGCGACAUGCCAACGCCGGGCACCAGUGCCGCUCCAGGACUCCGUCCAGGCCUCGGCAAGCCUCCAGCCAUGGACCCCCUCGUUAACCAAGCGGCCGCCGGCCUGAGGACGCCGCUGGCGGUGCCCGGCCCGUACCCCGCCCCGUUCGGGAUGGUGCCCCACGCCGGCAUGAAUGGCGAGCUGACCAGCCCCGGCGCCGCCUACGCCAGCCUGCACAACAUGUCCCCGCAGAUGAGUGCAGCUGCUGCCGCCGCCGCCGUGGUGGCCUAUGGGCGCUCCCCGAUGGUAGGUGCUUACACGGGCGGGAAGGGCUGCGUCAAGGUCUGGGACAUCAGCCACCCCGGCAACAAGAGCCCCGUCUCUCAGCUCGACUGUCUGAACAGGGAUAACUACAUCCGUUCCUGCAAAUUGCUCCCUGACGGUUGCACCCUCAUCGUGGGAGGGGAGGCCAGUACUCUGUCCAUCUGGGACCUGGCGGCUCCCACCCCGCGCAUCAAGGCGGAGCUGACGUCCUCGUCCAAAGCUAACAACACAACAGUGUUUACCUUGAGCUUGGGCAGGAAAUCAUUAUUCAAUCUGGUUUGUUUUAUCAGGCAAUUCCAGGGCCACACAGACGGGGCCAGCUGUAUUGACAUUUCUAACGACGGCACCAAGCUCUGGACGGGCGGCCUGGACAACACG